AUGGAUGCUAACGAGCAAUUUCCGACCUCUGAACCCUUACGUGCGAAUCGCAUCCCUAUCGCGCAGCUUUCUCCGACACUCGAGCACUUCUCCAAGAGCUCCAUCCAUGCAUCCGUUACUCUUUUAUGGCCUUAUUCAUCAUCGACAAAAUCCCUUAGCCUCUUAUUAGCAGAGCCGGACUUUCGCCUGCGUCACUCAAAUGGACAAGUAAAGGCAGUUUUCCACGGGCAUAUCGCAGAAAGUGUGGCUAAAUCUCAGAUCGGAAUCGGAGAUUAUGUUUAUUUAAGUCUGGAUGGAGCAAGGCUGUCAGAUAAUGUGGCAGCACCUGGAACCCCAGGCAGAAGCGUGGCCUGGGAUAUACACUUCGAUGACCGAGUGUUUCUCGAGAUUUGGCGCUCAUCGAAUCAUUUGUCUACUGUGAAAGUCGACCCUCCUACUCCCUCACCGAACAACGAUACUACAAAUGCGCCACCGGCCACUCCCCUUGCCAAGGGUUACGAUCGCUCUGAUGGGAACUUUUCGAUUGAUAGGUUGGGUUCAUGGCAGUCUCCGGCUUUUCUAGGGCGAUCGCGCACAUCCUUGGGGGGCCUGGCUGAUUCAGUGUUGGACCCAUUCGCCGAGGAGGAUGGGUUUGUUCCCGGAAAAGGGAGAAAACGCCCUAGGUUCAGCAUGCGAAGCAGCGAGUGGCGAGUAAUUGACGAACCCGAAAGCCCAGGUGAAAGAGGCGAAGUCCCGGACUGGACUCAUAUUUUUGAUGAAGAUUGGGGAAGUGAAUCAGAGCCUGGACCCGAGGACACUGCCGAAAAAGAGGAGAAGCCACUGGAUGCAACUAAACUCGAAAAGCCUGAACUAGACUCGGAGGAGGUAUUCCUUACUGUUCCAGCUUCGGAGGCUGAUGUUACCAUGGAAAACGUUUCGCUGGCAUCUUCUAGGACAAGUUCGGAACGACGUAUCUCUCAGACUGCAGAUGGUGUAAGGCUUCCUCCACUUGGUGUCUUUGGAAUAGCCGAGUUCUCGCGAAAGCGGGAUGUUCUAAAUUGCUCGGCCCAUCUUCCGAUAGAAACUCCUCGUCUACACCCUAUUCCCUCUCCCGGACUCCCCAUUCCUUCGCCGCUCGUUACUAUGUCAAACAGUCCACAGGGCUAUUUCACACCAGUCGCAGCCACGUCGCAUUCUCACACCAGCCAGAUACCCACAACAUUAUCUCAGGAAGUGACAGAUUCAGAUAAUGAACUACCCGGUGCGCAGCCGGAUACUUCGCAGACACCAGAAUGUACAGAGGCAGCCAUUACUUUAGGAACGGAAGAUCGCGCAAUUGGUGUAUCCGAAUUCAGAUCGGAGCCAAAUGCUACAAAGAUUACCCCCAAAGCUACAAGCCAGCCACACACGAUGGCCAAUACUGGGUUAGAAGAGCUAUCACCUGAUGAAGACUCGAAAGGAGCCGCUGAACCUGCCCAAGUCGACCAAUCUACCCCGCAAAUAUCUGAUGAGGACAUUAAGAGACCCCAUGGACAUGUGGGAGACAUUAAUCAAUUGAAAAGUCCAAAGAGAGAAGGAAAAGAAUUUGAGGGCGACGAAACGUGCAUUGACGCUCAAGUGAAGGCUGAGUCCGAAAAAGACAAAGAAGAAACGCAUCAGGGGGAAGAAGUGGCUAAGGAGGACAAUCUGGAAGAUGAUUAUCAUAAACCAACACGUACCUGUACAAGUUUAACUCCUGGGGACACACUGGCAAGUGGUGCAGCCAAGGUCGAUGAAUAUGGUACUGAUGGAAGCGGAGAGGAGGAUACAGAGACACUGGAGAGAUCGAGGCACUAUCAUGACUGGGUUACCCAAAGUGAAACCGAAACCCCAGAAACGGAACGUGGGCAUCGAACGGAAGCUGCUCAUGAAGAAGAGGACGAAUGGGAUGAGGAAGGAAGUGAGAGUGAACCUGAAGAGGAGCUAGAGGAGGAGGAAGAAUUGGAGGAAGAACAAGCUCAAGAGAUUAAAGAAACAGAUAGGGAAGGAGAAGCAAACAACGAGGAAAUGGAAAGGGACGACUUGAAAGCUGAAUGGGAUGAUGAAAAUUUAGAAGAGGAGGAGGGGGAGGGGGAGGAGGAGGAGGAGGAGGAGGAAGAAGAAGAAGAAGAAGAAGAAGAAGAAGAGGAAGAAGAAGCCGAGGAUAUGUACGAAGAUGAAUACGAUGAUGGUGCUGAUUCAGAGAUCGUAUCGGACCAAAUGAGUGUUGAUACGCCCAUCCAGCAGCCUGCCACGAAGAAAGUGCACCCGGACGUCAUCGUACUAGACAGUGACAGCGAAGAUGAAGCCGCAUCUGCUUCCCAGGCUUACCCCAUAACCACGUCAAGAGAUGAAGCCAGUACACAGGAGAUCGAGUCAUCCGAACCUGAAUCAUCUGCUUCCGAAGAGGAUUCCCUAAGAUCACGGUGUUCGGACAACUUAGAAAGCUCAGAGGAUGAAGAGGGCUCAGAUUGGUCUGAUGGGAACUCAGAAGAUGAGCAGCUGAUAAAUAAGAGUGAAGAAGAGAUGGUGGAGGAUGAAUGUGGACGAGUGAAUGGUGAACAACAAAGAGCUGGGCAUGUUGUAGACGAGCUAUCUGACAGUGGAAGGACGAGGGACAAGAAGGUCGAUGAGGACUCGGUUGAUAUACAUGAGGAAUACAAAGUGGAAAACGAAGCAAUAGAAGAACAACCCGAGGCCAAAAGGGGGCAGGUGUCAGUAUCACAGCCCAUGGAUACUAGGGAUGCGGGCCCCAUUACUGAUGAGCAACCAAUGCCUCAGCAUACGACAAAGGCCCCGUCUCAUGAUUCUGAGCAGGAAAAUCUUGAUUAUUACUCAUGUAUCCUGUCAUCCGCUCAAGAAUCUCAUUCCGACUCUAGAACUACUUUACACGAAUUGGAGACAGUGAUCGACCCGGAGUUGCAAAACAUUGACCUUGCUAAAGAACAAGCAAACAAAGAGGUGGAAAAAGAACCUCAUCCAGAUUCUAUUUAUGCUGAGCCUAAGACUGGGCUUCUCACGAAGAUACCUGAGGCCGUCCAGAAUAUUGAUCAAGGUUUGUUCCUUGACGUUACUUCAUCUUCACACGCAUCGCACGAUUCCCGUGAGGCUGUUUCAGAAAGUCCUUCGCAAUUGCAGCAUUUGUUACCAAUGGAUACUCAACUGGCAGAAGUUGGCCAACACUCUAUGGAUUUCACUCCUACAUCUGAAGACGUCCAUGGAAGAACGACCGUGCAAUUCGAAGGCCAAAUGCCACCCGCCAUUCAAAUUGAGACAACUACACCAGCGGAACAUGUCACUAUUGCUAAAGACGUUGAGCAUGAAGCACGUCUCGUCCCUACCCCGCACGAGGGACAUCAUGAACCCGAAGAAUUUUCUGCGGAUGGAGACGUGGGAACUCCAGCGUCUUACAGUGAAGACCAAACCCAAGAAGAUGAGCUUUAUUCGGAUGAUGAAUCUGUUGGAGAUUUAGAUGAAGUCCAUCUCAUUGGAGUAGACCGCCAUUAUCCUGGCCUGCACAGCAAACUUUCCUAUUUUGCUCCGUUGGCCACACUUGUCGAUCACUAUAAUGCAUUGGUAGAUACCAUAUCCGUUGUGUCGGAAGUCCAACCGCUCUUCCGGACAGCAUCAGGAAGGAAGGACUUUACACUAACUCUUCAACUCACUGAUCAAUCUAUGGCUGGAACGACGCUCUACGCCCAAAUUUCCCGGCCUUCCAAAGUAGAACUUCCCUCGGUGGAAGAGGGGAACGCUGUCUUGUUACGCAACUUUAAAGUCAAGAGUUCCAACCGCUCGAUAAUGCUCGCCAGCGUUGAUAGCAGUGCCUGGGUUGUUUUCAAGGGCUUCGAUGAGAAAGCACUGACUCAUGAUCCUCCAGUUGAAUACGGGAGCGAAGAGCAAGCCUGUGCCACUGACCUGCGCCAAUGGUACCAAGAAACUGGUAUGGCCAUGGUGGCAGAUAACCAACUACAAGCCUCUAUAAACAGGGAAAGUAGAGAAGGGACACCCGCUAGCAGCGCUGCGCUUAGCGAUUCAGGGAGCAUCGACUCGACACUGCGCGACGCGCGCGGUGAGUCGUCUUUCUCGAGUCGGGGUUCACGGCGGGGCAAAAGGCCCCAUCGGAGAAUAACAAUUCACGAGUUGAGGGAUGGAAGGAGAUACACUGAGGUUGGCUCACCGUCUGGAAAAGAGAGUAUACACGAACUGCGAGACGGAACCGUUUAUGCCAAUUUGUGA